AUGUCCGCGAGAACUUGCCGCCAACAUGAGUGGAGCUGCGGAGGGCACGAGGGCAACACAUGUGCUCAGGAAUCCGCUCAAUUAGGCUACUUGGGCUCGAUUCAGCACACCUGGACUGGAUCUGCGACGACUGUAUCUUGGAUCGGUGCCCUGAAGGGUGCUUCUCCUGUUUAA